CGCUGGUUGACUCGACGGAGAGUUUCAGGCGGCGUCGCGAUGGAAGCUUGCAUCAGCUCGCGGAGCCUCUGACCGGAGGGGAUUCGGCAAGUUCGGAGAAUGUCCAGCUAUGGUGGUGAGGCACAGCGUGAUGACGGAGUUGCAAGUCUUCCAGCGCUCGCUCCAGGGCAACUCCCUGGCUCUGGGCCAAGAAGGGCAGUGUUAUGAGGAACAGCAAGUGCAGAAUGGGAUCGGGUCAGAGGACAGGAAUCAGAUCACUCUAGUUCCUGCAGAAGUUGAGAAAAGCCAGCCUUUGAACAUCCCAGAUGCAGCCAAACGAAAGAAGAAGAAAAGGUCAAGAGCAACGAACAGCGCCACUGGCACCUUCGAUGACCUCUACAAGCUGACAGAUGAGGUGCUUGGCCGGGGGGCGUUUGCCAAAGUCCAAGGAUGUGUAAGCCUGCAGAAUGGACAGGAGUAUGCUGUGAAGAUCAUCGAAAAGAGUGUGGGACACAGCCGCAGCCGAGUCUUCCGAGAAGUAGAGACGCUCUACCAGUGUCAAGGAAACAAGAACAUUUUGGAAUUGAUCGAGUUCUUUGAAGACGAUACCUGCUUUUAUUUGGUGUUUGAAAAGUUGCGAGGAGGUACCAUUCUUACGCACAUUCAGAACCGGAAGCACUUUGAUGAGCUGGAGGCCAGUAAGGUGGUCCGUGACAUCGCCCAAGCUCUUGACUUUCUACACACAAAGGGUAUUGCUCACAGGGACCUCAAAUUGGAGAACGUCCUUUGUGAAUACACUGAUCAAGUGUCGCCGGUUAAGAUCUGCGACUUUGAUCUGGGAAGCGGCGUAAAGCUAAGCAGUGCCUGCACACCCAUAACUACUCCAGAACUCACUACGCCGUGUGGCUCAGCAGAGUACAUGGCUCCAGAAGUGGUGGAGGUGUUCACCGAUGAGGCAUCUUUCUACGACAAGCGCUGCGACCUGUGGAGCCUCGGGGUCAUUCUCUACAUCCUGUUAAGUGGCAGCCCCCCCUUCACGGGCCACUGUGGCAGCGACUGCGGGUGGGACCGGGGUGAAACAUGCCGCACAUGCCAGAGUCACCUGUUCGAGAGCAUCCAGCAGGGCAAAUACGAGUUUCCAGACAAGGACUGGGCUCACAUCACAGACUCCGCCAAGGAUCUUAUCAGCAAGCUGCUGGUACGAGACGCCACACUGCGCAUUAGCGCCGUUCAGGUCCUCAAGCACCCAUGGGUGCAGGGGAAUGCACCAGAGAGAGGUCUUCCAACUCCUCAUGCCCUACAGAGGAACAGCAGCACCAAAGACCUGAGCCAGUUUGCGGCCGAAGCCAUCGCCUUCCACCGGCAGCUGUCGCAGCACGACGAGCAGCAGGAGCAGAAGGAGGAGGACGAAGAGGUCCGUCCCGUCGUCGUUUGCUCCAUGCGGCUCUCUCCACCGUCCAACUCCAGACUGGCUCGCAGGAGGGCGCAGUCCAACGCCCUGCGCGGCCGAGAUGGCGCAGCUGAGCUCACGGCCUGAAAAGAAGCCGCUCGCCAUCCUGUUUUCUGACUUAUUUUAUUAUCUAUCCUCUCUUUCUCCUUCUGUGUGUCUUUGCAUGUGUGUGAUGGGCCAGCCUAUCAGAAGUGAUAAGGUGUGUUGUUUUUUUUCUUCCCCAGCGCCUGUAAUCUUAUCACUUGCAGCAAAGUAGCACUUCCUCUUGGAAACCACGGGGAAAUUCCUGACUUUUUUUUUUUAGUUUUUGUGACUGAAUUUAUUUAUUUUUAUUAUUAUUAUUUUUUAAUUUUAAUAAAACAACAAUGCAGCAGGUAAUUUAUUUAAACAAAUUUUGUAGACAAAAUUGGCUGGCUUUAAAUGAUUGCCCCAUAAUUGCAUGUAGAAACAAAUCUUUUUUUUAUAUUGUUAUUUUUGUUCUUUUAUAAAGCCUUCAGUGUUCUUCACGUGAAGUGGAUUUUCAGGACGUGUACUAUGCUCUAGUCGGGUUGUGAUGUUAAUUUUAAUUUACAUACUGUGAAGAAAGAACUUUUAAUGAUUUAUUUUUUGUUGUCGUCGUUAAGUGUUCUCAUACACAAGUUACCUUUAGCACUGAUGUACUUUAAAAGUCUUAGAUGGCAUCAAUAAUUAAUAAGUUUAGUAAAUACAUCGUCUUUGUUUCAGCACGGUCAAGUUCGAGCCCGCUUUGCACGAGAUGAGGUUAUGAGGUUCUUAUUCUAACCUGAUACUUCCAGGUUUUAUGUCUGGCGACCGAAAAGGUUUGCUGUUCACUCGUUGAGGUUAAAGAUGAUGACACUUUAAGGAUUUAUUUUGGAGUAUGUUGUUAACAUUGAUAAAGAAAUACAAGGGAUUCCAUAUUGGUAUUAAAGGGAUUUAUUUUUAUGUGCGUGUGGUUUUACGCGCCGGCUUCUCCUCCUCCCCGGUGUAGAAGACAGCCGGAUGACGAUAAAGCUGACGUGCUUGGUGAACAAAGACAACUUUAUGGUCAGCAAGAAAAUAUGAGACAACCUUUGCAGUCAAGACUGCAGUUCCUUGUGAGAGUUCAAUUAGAAAAUGGUGACUGAUCUGUCACGCUUAUAAAGACCACCCUUUCCUAAAUGCUUUUUUUGUUGUUGUUGUUGUUUUUUUCGGCUGAAAUUUGUCCAGGCCCAUUGAAGCUCUGUCUCCACGUCAUAAACUAUCCCAACUCCUGUAGCACCUUCCUGUGAUCUACCCCCUAAAAGGUACAUGGGUUUAAGUCAGAGGAGCCUCAAAUGUUCUUUUUAUGACCCUGCAACCUGCAUCACGAUCUCAUGCCGUCGGGAGUUGGUGAAUGUGUGCUCAUGGUUUUUACGAUUCUACUUUAUUGUCCCAGUGAGUAAGCUCAACACAUUUUCGGUUUAUGACCGAGUCAAAAGAAAUGCGUUUUGACAUAUUGAUCAGAUACCUCAUGCGUUUCUGUAUCUUGUUCGUUUGUUUUUCCCUGAAUGUGUCAAAAACGAUGUACAAACCAAGCUUAGAUAAGUUAUACAUACAUGGGAAUAUUUUAUUUUGAUAAUUUGUGUUAUUGGGGAGAGCCUAGUUUUGUAUGUUGUGUGCGUUUGUGAGGAACACAGUCCACAGGGUUGCCAUGGACACAACAUCUCUAUAGCAACGCUGAGCUGCUGCCUCACAGAAAGACCCGUGCAGAAGCGAGCGCAGGCGAAAUUAAAAGCGUCUUAUGGGAUGUCCGUUUGUUCACGACAUUAACUCAAGUGGCCACAAAUGAGAAGUAUUUAGUUAGAGAGCCCCUCCCCUGAUUUCCUGUUAUAUUUGUUAAUGGUCUUAUGCAUAAGGUGCGGAGGAUAGUUUCAACCACAUGCUGUUCUCAAUAAAAGAUCCUUGAUAAACUAC